CAGUGUUGAUAUUGAGCCAACAACGUUCGCGCAGGUCCGUAAUUUUAUCUCCGUCGCGACGCCCAACGUCACUAGCCUCUCUAACAAUUUCAGUCUGUUAAAAAUUCUCAAACCGACUGUAUCAAAUUCUUCUUCCAUCAAAAUUCUUCAAAUAAAAAAAAAACAUUUCUCCAUAUCGAUCGUUCUCCCACUUAAAAUUACUUCCAUCUACAUAAAAAAAAAUAAUAAUAAUUUGUUUUAAAUAUUGUGAUUUACUAGUGUAUUAAUUUUUUGUUAAAUAAUUUUUUUUUUUUAUUAUAAAUUAAGUAUUGAUAUUGUUGAUAAAAAAUACUAACUUGUUAUUCAAAUGAGACCCUGGGAAUUUACGUUGAAGUCAUUGACAACUUCCCCAUGUAAUUUAAAUUUAUUCAAAUCAGUACGUCAUUAGGAUUAGAAGGUUUUUUUUUUAUUCAAAUUUUUUCCAAGUGUAUUUUUUUUUUUUUACUUAAAAUCAUGGUGAGGGAAUUUUAUAUUUGAAUUGAUGUAUGAAGACACUUGGGAAGAGAAGACUGGACCAGGUCAAAUGUAUUUUUUCGACGGAAUGUGAUGGUUAAUAAUAUAUUAAUAAAAUUGAAGAAAUAUUUUAUUUAAUUGUUAAUGGUGAUAAUGCCGGCAUCACCUGGUGGUAAUACAAAUGGAAAAUACAUCAAGUCAACUGGAAAGAAAAUCAAUAACUUCCUCGUGUAUUUUUUUUAGCUGAACAAAAAAAAUAAUAAUAAUUUGAAUAUUAUUUUUUAAAAAUUAUAAUAUUAAAUUUAACAAUGUUUACAUGUUGGGUACUUGCUGGUGCACUUGGUGCUGUAUUAUUUUUAUAUUCACUAAUUGAUGUGCAUUAUUUUCUUCGUAUGUUUUUUACUGUUAUAUUUGCAAAAUUUUGUAAAAAACCAGCACAUAUUUUGGAUGAAACAACAAUUUAUGGACUUUGUACGUUGAAUGAUAUUGACACACUUUUGUAUCACAUGAACAAUGCGAGAUAUCUUCGGGAACUUGACUUUGCACGUGCUGAUUUUUAUGAAAGAACUAGUCUUUAUCGGGAAAUUUGUUCCCAGGGUAAUGGAGUUGUUCAGGGUGCUGCAACAAUAAGAUACAGAAGAUUUUUAAAACCAUUUACAAUGUACAAAGUAACAUCAAAGAUUAUUUGUUGGGACAGUGAAUCAAUAUUUAUGGAGCACAAAUUAAUAACACCAUAUGAUAAUUUUGUAAGAGCCAUUGCAAUAUGUCGUCAACGAGUAUUAAAUUGCAAUGCUGAGGCAGUAAUGGCUGCAUUACUUGAACGUGGAGUUAAACAGAAUGGAACUGUUGAUGGAAUAACACAGGUGACACACGUAAGACCUCAGAUGACAGAGGAAGUUGCUAAAUGGCUUGAAAGCAAUGACAUAUCUUCUGCAAAUCUUCGAGGUCCUCAAAACGUACAAGUCAUCACGACAAAUUAAUUAUCAAAUAAUUAAUUGUGGUUUGAAAAAAUAAUAAAUAUAUCUAAUAAAAUAUAGGAAAAAGUAAAUAAAAAAAUUAAAAAUAUUAUAAUCAAAUUUAUAAAUAUUAUUACAAGUGGAAAAUGAUAAAACAAAAACUCAGGAUUUCCUGUUAUAAAGUAUUAUUUUUAUGUAUUAAAAAAAAAAUUAAAUUUAUUGCACGUUGAGUAUUUUUAAUUUAAACAAAAAAAAGUAAACUAUUGUUAUGAUAAUUUUUUAAUUUAUAUCAUUUUUUAUUUUUUGCUUUCAAAGAAUUUUCAUUAAAUGAAAAAUUUACCAGUAAGCAUUUAAAAUUCAUUGUCAAUUUUUUAUGAACAAUUUAGACAAUUUUUUAUGAUUUUUUUUUAAUUGUUAAGUUAAUUGUUGUGUAUAUACGUCCAUGUUAAUUAUAAGUACAGAUAAAUGUAUCUAAAAUUAUAAUAAUUAAUUGAAGCUUCUAAAGCAGACACAUUUUUAAAAAACUAGAAUUUUUUAAAUCUCUUUUAUCUAAAUAAUCAUGACUUUUAAAAAUUUAUUUUCAUCAAGUUUUAUAACGUAUGACAUUGAUUAAAUAAUUAAAUAAUUAUACAAAAAAUUUAUAAAGCCAUCUGAUUAUAAAAUCAACAAAAGCCAUUUAUUGUUUUUAUGCUAAAUAGAGUUCAUAAAUAUUCCAUCAAAGUUCAUGAUCUUUUUCAAAUACACACUCUUCAAAAAAAAAAAAAACAGCAACUUUUUUUGUAAACUAAUUUAAUAAAAUAUUAAAAUACUAAACAACAAAUAAAUAUUUAUUAUAAUUUAUAACUAUAUUUCAAUUUAAAUAAUAAUAUUAUUGAUUCGAAA